CCUGAGUUUUGAGUAUUUAAAUCGGAAAGUUGAAUGAAACUAUUCCCCAAAGUCUCCUUACAAGCAAAUUGAUGGAAAUCUCUCUUCCAAAUUCCAACCCCACCAACUCUAUCCUUAUUAUUAGCUCCAGCCAUUGAGAUUAUUGUAAAAUGAUGUGUUUUCAAUACUUCAAAGACAAAACCAGAAGCAGGCAACAAAGGUCAGCACCAGAGUUGAAAGAGCAAUCAAAAUCUGACUAUUCGGGGACACAAAGGAUCUCAAAAUCUUCAUGCUUAGAAACUACACCGCGUGGUAUACCCGAAUUAUAUGAGGAAAAGGCUCACAACCUGCGUGUCUUCUCUUUUUCAGAGCUCAGACAUGCUACCCAUGAUUUCAACAGACUACUAAAGAUUGGGGAAGGUGGAUUUGGGAGUGUCUACAAAGGCUCAAUCAAGCCUGCUGACGGGAACGGUGACCCUAUUGUCGUUGCAAUUAAGAAGCUCGACAAUGAUGGUUUGCAGGGUCAUAAACAAUGGGUAGCAGAAGUUCAAUUUCUGGGUGUGGUGGAGCAUCCAAAUCUUGUCAAACUCUUUGGAUAUUGUGCAGCGGACGGAGAAAGAGGAAUCCAGAGACUACUUGUAUAUGAGUUUAUGCCAAACAAAAGCUUGGACGAUCAUCUUUUCAAUAGAGCAUACCCUGCACUUCCUUGGAAAACAAGAUUGCAAAUAAUACUUGGAGCAGCUCAAGGAUUGGCUUACCUACAUGAUGGCUUAGAAAUUCAGGUUAUAUAUCGAGAUUUUAAAUGCUCCAAUGUUUUAUUGGACGAGAAUUUUAAACCGAAGCUUUCAGACUUUGGGCUUGCUAGGGAGGGGCCAGUGGCUGGACGAACGCAUGUUUCAACAGCUGUAAUGGGAACAUAUGGAUAUGCUGCUCCGGAUUACAUAGAGACAGGGCAUCUCACGACUAAAAGUGACGUAUGGAGCUUUGGAGUGGUACUAUAUGAGAUUAUUACUGGCAGGCGGUCCUUGGAAAGAAACCGCCCAAGGGUGGAGCAGAAGUUGCUGGAAUGGGUUAAGCAGUUCCCUUCCGAUAGUAAAAAGUUUAGGUUGAUUAUUGAUACUCGACUUGAAAACCAGUAUUCUAUAGCAACAGCUCGUAAGAUUGCCAAGUUGGCAGACGCCUGUUUGCUGAAGAGUGCAAAGGAUAGACCAAAGAUGAGUCAGGUGGUAGAGUCUUUGAACCAAAUAAUCCAGGAUUCAGAUGAAGAAGCAAACAUUUCUCAGGAAAGUUUUGAAUCCUCGGAAAUCGAUUCCUCUGAAUCCAGUAAGAAGCCAAAUCAACUGGAGGCCACUGAGUCUUGGAAAAGAAGGAUGACUCACCUGGCUAAACUUGGUGAGCACGUGGAGGGCGCAAGUAGAAGAAGAUUUAUGAUCAUGCAGAGAGCCAAAGUGCCCUGAAAGAUUUUCCAUUUGUAGAUUGCAUAGCACUUUACUGGUAUAAUCUAAUGGAUUAAUUCAUUGGGAGCUAAUCGGUUGGUUAGAUAGGAGGGGGUAUGAUUGUGCCAUUUGUACUGAAUAUGAUGGCAAUUUCUUUUUGUAUAGAGGCCCCUUCUGUAGACGAGCAAUUUAAUCUUUGCUUUCUGCUUAGGCUCUGUAUAAGAUGCUUGAUCAUUAGACUAUUGAUCCAAUGGCCU